CUCUUACUUCUCCGAUUUGCCUCUCAUCGGUCUUCGGAGACGUUGACCUUCGAGCUCGUAUCAGCGAGAGGGAUCCAAAUGGCUGGCAGAUUCCGAUUAGAUGCGGUUGUUUCGGCUAUAGUCACGGUGCACCCGCACGAGAUUCCGGCGUUGCUCCAUUCCUCUUCCUGCUUCUUCUUCAUUUUGAGCGCGUAUUUUGUUGUUCUGCCACUCCGCGAUGAAGGAGCAAUAUCGCUGGGAUUGUCAAAGCUCCCUGGCCUGUUCGUAGGAUCUCUGUUUCUCACUCUGAUAGCUGCGCCUCUCUCCACCUUGAUCUUCUCUUUGCCCAAUUUGUCCAAAUCCAAGGCUUUGGUUAUAAUACAUAGAUUCUUUAGUCUAUCGCUUGUUCUAUGUUUCCUUCUUUGGCGGGCUUCUCCUACAGAGUCUAAUUCAAAGGAUGCAGUUAAUUCGGCAUCCAGUCUAACAAAAUAUCCAAAACUUGGUAUCGCUGGAGCUAAUCCUGCUACUGGAUGGGACAACCAUGGCUGGUUUUACAUUUCUGUUCGAGUUGGAUUUUUCCUUUGGGUUGCGUUGCUCAAUCUCGUUGCUAUAUCUUCAACAUGGGCUAGGAUAAUAGACGUUAUGGAUAGUGAGUCAGGUGCAAGGUUGUUCGGUUUUGUUGGUGCUGGUGCUACCCUUGGACAGCUUUUUGGAUCAGUGUUUGCUGCUACGACUGCUUGGAUGGGUCCAUAUCUACUUCUAUUUGCUGCUCUUCUGAUGGAAUUUGCUGCACAGUCUUCAAAAGGGAUCACCAAUGAUAUUACCCAGUCCUCUGAGGAGUUGUCUCCUCUAAGGAGAACUGAUAAUGAUCAUCAAAGUGAGAGAAUACAGGAAGCUUCUUCUCCAAAAAUUGGUUCUCCAAAAGCUGCUUCUCCUAAAUCGCCUAUCUCCACAUCCAGACCCCAGCUUUGGGCCAUCUUAGACGGAAUGAGACUUAUUCUAGUAUCGCCUUAUCUUUUGCUCGUGUCUCUGUUCCUUUGGCUUGGUGCGGUCAUCUCCUCAUUCUUCUAUUUCCAAAAAGUGAAUAUAAUUGCCGCGACAAUCACAUCUUCCAUUGGUCGAAGAAGACUGUUCGCCCAGAUAAACAGCUUCGUUGCAGUUUUCAUACUCAUUGGACAACUGACUCUAACGGGCCGGAUCUUGACUAUAGCCGGUGUCACCAUUGCAAUAUCUGCAUCUCCAUUUGUUGCACUUGGGAAUUUGGUUGCUAUUGCCAUAUGGCCAACUUGGGUUGCAGUUGCUGUGUCUGAAACCUUGAGAAAGGUGACAACUUAUGUUGUAACUAGACCUGGAAGGGAACUCUUGUUCACCGUUGUCUCACAAGACGAGAAAUACAAAGCUAAGGUAUGCAUAGACGUGAUUGUUCAACGACUUGGAGAUGCUGCAGCUGCGGGACUAUUUGAAGUCCUUACCAUUGCUCUUGGCGGUCAAACAUCAACUGCUUCACUCUAUGCCUUGCCAGUGUGUUUAAUAUGGAUAGUCACAGCGUUCUUCUUAGGCCGGCGACAAGAACAAUUGGCAAAACUCCAGGUGGGUUCAUCUUUAUAGGAACAAAAAUCUUGGAAAAAAAGUCGCAUUGAUGCAGAAGAUGAGAGGCUUCAACUUCACAUGUAGGAGUUAUGGGAAAGCAACUUAACCCCAACCGAGAUGAUGAAGGUUCAGAAGGCGGAGUAAUGGUUAAAAGCUUAAAGAACUCAGAUUUUUGGAUUAUACUGAUAAAUAUUGUACAAAGGAAAGUUUUAUUUCAGUUAGAAAAUUUAUAUCAAGUGUAUUUGUAUCCCACAUCUCCAAGCAUAGGAAGUGAUAACUUGCAAUAACGAAAUAGUCAAAGAGACAAGCAAAACCCAUACAUUG